AUGGCCACGCCCGCCCAGGGAGCAAGCAAAGAUGCUCCCACCAACCCGCGCGGCAUUCCCUACGCGCCCUUUGUCGACAAGGUCGAGGACUAUGUCACCACCCGCGACGAUGUCGAGCCCACCCUCAAGAGCUUCCAGGAGAUGAUCUCGCACGGCAGCAAAUACCAGUUCAUGCAGGUCAACACCGAGCGCCGCGCUACCGGCUUGAAGGACAAGAUUCCCGACAUCCAGAAGACGCUGGACACGGUCCGCUUCUUGAAGACGAAGAAGCCCGGCUCCGACCCCAUUGAGACGACGUUCGAGCUCAACGACACGCUCUUUGCAAAGGCCCAGAUUCCCCCCACCGAGGAGGUCUACCUCUGGCUCGGGGCAAACGUCAUGCUGGCGUACCCCAUCCCAGAGGCCGAGGAAUUGCUUGACAACAAGCUCAAGACGGCGCAGCUGAGCCUCUCCAACUGCGAGGAGGAUUUGGAUUUCCUGCGCGAGCAGAUCACUACGCUGGAGGUCGCUACCGCUCGGGUGUACAACUGGGACGUUGCCCAGCGGCGUAAGGAAAGGCUCGACACUGAGGAAGCCGAGGGCAAAAAGUCGAAGGAUUGA